UUGGAAAUGUUGCGAGUCACCGACCCGUACCACGACUUGGUAAAAGAAGAGCUCAACAUCAUACAGGGAGCACUAGAGCUGCGCACCAAAACUGUGGAGGACGUCCUGACUCCGCUGACCGACUGCUUCAUGCUGGCCUCGGACGCGGUGCUGGACUUCAACACCAUGUCCGAGAUCAUGCAGAGCGGAUACACGAGGAUUCCGGUAUUUGAGAACGAGAGAUCCAAUAUCGUGGACAUUCUGUUUGUGAAGGACCUGGCGUUUGUGGACCCGGACGACUGCACCCCCCUGAAGACCAUCACCCAGUUCUACAAACACCCGUUGCACUGCGUCUUUAACGACACUAAACUGGACGCCAUGCUGGAGGAGUUCAAGAAAGGGAAGUCCCACCUCGCCAUCGUGCAGCGUGUUAACAACGAGGGUGAGGGUGACCCUUUCUACGAGGUGAUGGGCAUCGUGACCCUGGAGGAUGUCAUUGAGGAAAUCAUCAAGUCAGAGAUCUUGGAUGAGACAGAUCUCUACACUGAUAAUCGCACAAAGCGUCGUGUUUCUCAUCACGAGCGAAAGCAGCAGGACUUCUCCAUCUUCAAACUGUCAGAAAAUGAGAUGAAAGUGAAGAUUUCCCCCCAGCUUCUCCUGGCAACACAUCGUUUCCUCUCCACAGAGGUGGAGCCCUUCAAACCAACACACAUCUCAGAGAAGAUCUUAUUGAGGCUCAUCAAACACCCCAGUGUGGUUCAAGAACUCAAGUUUGAUGAGAAGAACAAGCGAGCCUCUCAGCACUUCCUGUUCCAGCGCAACAAACCAGUGGACUAUUUCAUCCUAGUGCUACAGUCUCGGACACCUGUGAUCAUUAGUUUGCCAGUCCACAGAUCGCCCUCUCGUAGCAGCGGUUUGGACCGCUCUGAGUCGAUGCUCUAUGGGGGAAGUAUGAGCCAGCUGAAUGGAGGGGGGAAUGUCUACCUGCCAGACUACUCUGUAAGGCAGCUCACUCACCUUCAGCUCAUCAAGAUCACCCGGAGUCACUACCAGAAUGCAGUAACAGCUACCCGGAUGGACAGCUCCCCUCAGACCCCUGAUGCUGACACCCGUCUGACAGAAAGCAACUCCCCGACCCCCGGGCCUCCAGCACCAGAGCCCACCACCGCCACACUGAUGCCCCCAGACCACACUACUGCCACCCUUAUGCCUCCACCCAGGGAGCCAAGUCGGCCCAGUUCAGCCCGAACCCGGGGACAGCAGUCCAGUGUGCCGCACAGCACCUCCCUGCUGAAUGAGAAGAACCGCAUUGUCCGUAGCAAGUCUGAUGGCCAGAAGAGUCCGAGUGAUUCGGUGUUUCUGAGGAUGGAUGAGAUCCCCUACAUCAGAGAGGACAGAUGUGAGCCUGACAUGGCCUCUGUUCCCAUAGAAACGGACACAUCCCCUUUCAUCAGCAGCCUGUCGCUGAGUGGUUCAGAGGACACACUGGGCAAGAAACUGCUGCUCAAACUAAGCCACAAGAAGAGGAAAAAAUCUCGUGAAGGGGAAAAAACACCAGAGGACAUUUCAGAGCAGCCGCUGGUGAAAACCUAGCAGAGUGUGUGUGAAACAGCCCUGAAUACACUCCAUCAUGUGAUGGUUCUUUAAGCUGUUUGUAAAGACAAAUGUGGCUGCUGAAGUACAGCCCUCAGAGUUUUAUCUGAAAACACACUCCAAAAGCCCGCACUGUUGGAGACCGUAAAGUGGGCCAGUUUCCAGGAAUGCACAGAACCUGUGGGUGGAAGACACCAUCCUAACAAAGAGCGGGGGUGCAGCUUUAGCAACAUGCACCAAACCCUCCGCUCUUUGAUUCACUGUAUCAAAGAACACAAGCUUCAGCACUAUGCCAUGGCUUCUCAUCUCCAGGUUCUUGUGUGGAUGCACAUGUGUAAAGAAAAGACUGUGAAUGUAAAAGAUUUAUAGAAAAAUAGUUUUUUUUUUACUCCACUUCUUCAAUGGAGCUAAAGACACUGAUGUUGCACGGGAAACAGAGGGAAGACACCAAAGAUGUUGCUGUUUUGUACGUACUGCUCCAAAUGCACAAGUGAAAUUAUAGUAAAGGUUCUUUUAAAGGCUGCCUGAUUAGCACCCUUUAAAUAAUAAUGAGAGUUUCAGCCUACAGUGCAGAAAUACUAUCUAUUUGCAUUCUAUUUGUUAACACUUGCAAUUUAUAUACUGCAUAUGAAAUAUGCACACAUUUUCCACCAGUUGCUCACAAAAUGUGGUCACACUGAGAAAUAGUGAAAUAGCAUACAGCGAUUCCUGAUGGUAUGGAGGCCCAGAAGUGCCAACAGAAAGAACGAAAGGAAGAAAGAAAGAAAGAAAGAAAGAAAGAAAGAAAGAAAGAAAGAA